AUCAAGGAGGAUGGCAGCAACAAGCGAUAUGGAGAUUUUGAAUGAUGUCCGGAGAAAGGAAAGAGAGGAUUUUUCUGUGGAACCUAGCACUAGCAGCGAGAAGAAACUCCAUAGGUGUGAGGAGUGCAGCAGGCAGUUCAGUCGGCUGAGUGAUCUAAAGAGACACAUGCGGACUCACACAGGCGAAAAGCGCUACACGUGUGACGAGUGCAGCAGGCAGUUUGGAGUGUCCCAUGCUCUGAAAAUUCACUUGCGUACUCACACGGGUGAGAAGCCCUACAGGUGUGUGGAGUGUGGUAAGCGGUGUAGUCUCCUGGGUAAUCUGAAGAAGCACAUGCGGACUCACACUGGGGAGAAACCCUUUAGAUGUGAGGAGUGCAGCAGGCAGUUCAGUCAGCUGGGUCAUCUGAAGACCCACAUGCGGACCCACACAGGGGAAAAGCCCUACAAGUGCGAAGAGUGCAACAAGCAGUUCAGUCAGCUGGGUCAUUUAAAGGGCCAUAUGCGGACUCACACAGGUGAAAAACCCUACAAGUGUGAGGAGUGCAGCAAGCAGUUUAGUCGGCUGGGUUAUCUAAAGGACCAUAUGCGGACUCACACAGAUGAGAAACCCUACAGGUGUGAGGAGUGCUGGAAGCAGUUUAGUCGGCUGGGUCAUCUGAAGGGCCAUAUGCGGCACAUGAGAAAUAUAGGGUACCCACAUUCACUCAUCAACCCAACCAAGAGAACGCAGGAUGUCGAGAUCUUGGAAAUGAUCAACAUGGCGACUAGACAUUUGACACAAGGGGAGGGAAAGGAUGGACAGGAUUCUCCCCGUACCCACAAGUGCAGCCAAUGUGACAAGGAGUUUCGCUUUAAAAGUGUCCUAAAUCGACACCUGCAAACUCACAAUGGCGAGCGCCCAUACCAGUGUGGUGAAUGUGGCAGAAGGUUUAAUCAACUAGGAAACCUUUCGAAGCACAUCCGGAUUCACACAGAGGAGAGACCAUACAGUUGUGAGGAAUGCGGUCGGCAGUUCCGUCAGCUGGACAAUCUAACGCUACACAUGAGGACUCACACUGGUGAGAAACCGUACAAGUGUGAACACUGCAACAAAAGCUUCAGUCAGUCAUCUAAUCUGAAGACUCACAUGCGGACUCACACAGGGGAAAAACCUUACAAGUGCGAGACGUGCUGUAAACGGUUCAAUGAGCGAGGUUCCCUGAAAAAACACAUGAGAACUCACACCGGUGAGAAACCGUAUAGUUGCGGUGAGUGCUGCAAGAAGUUUCGUGUGCUGGGUCAACUGAAGCGUCACAUGCAAACUCACACCGAACAGAAACCGUACAGAUGUGAAAAAUGCAACAAAAGCUUUCGUUAUUUUACUCAUCUGAAGGUACACAUGCAGACUCACACUGGUGGAGACCUAUCAUUACCGUCAAUGUCUGAUGGUCCAACAUACACAUGGAAAGUCGGACGGCAACAAAUGCCACAUUCCUUCGGCAUGAUAGUUAAGACCUAGACAAUCGUCAUACGGUUAAACGUUCAAAACGUACCUACAAUCCACAUGUGUUUAUAUGGGUAUCGUGUGUACGCUAUAGACAUCAUGUCUACCCAUGAAUCCACUGUAAAACCAAGAAUAACGGGAACCGGAUUACGAUAUAGCAAACAUUUAUGUCGCUUAUUUAAUGGUCCCGUUGUAGACUAGAACUUGCGUUUUCGUUAAUUAAACUACGAUUGAUUGUUUGCACACUAGUGGCAGACACCGUUAAAGGCAUCGUCCGCUUGAUGUAAAGGCGUCGUGGUUUAUAGCUUUCUACCACGUCACUAAUCAUUGUAAAUGCAUAGAUAUACUGUAGAUCCUAAACGUUUGGAAUUAGCAAUGGAAACAUGUUAGUUGUAUAUGUUGUUAGCCAUAAUAACGUUAUAUGUUUGUCUUCAGAAACUGCUGCAAGCUCCUAGAGAUUUUUAUACUUUGGGCAUUUCAGUUUCUUCAAUAAACUAAGACACGUUA